AUGGCGGACAACGAAGCCGCAGAUCUCUUUUACGACUGGGCGACAAGAGUCGGCUGGAACCCUGGUCAAAAGGCCGGUAUCCGAGACGUCAUGCUCAAGACCGACCCCCAUGGGUACUUUUACGGAAAGAUCGAUCCCUCUGACGUUAUCCAUGACCCACCCUCCACCACCAGCGUUCAGGAACAGGAACAAGAAUUGGCGAAGAAGAAGAAGAGAAAGGAGGAUUGGGGUAAUGGAAGAGGGAGGGAGCUGGUAGAAGACCCCUCAGUGAUCUCGGUCAUUAGCGCAAUCCGCUUCGGAGAUGACCAAGCCUGGAUCGGCUGCUACAUCACGGACCCCAAAUAUCGCGGGCGCGGGUACGGAAUAUCGACCUUCAACCGAGCCCUCGAACACGUCGGUCCCACCCGUAAAAGUGUCGGCCUCAACGCAGUCUUCAGUCAAGUCGAUAACUAUCGCAGAUCGGGAUUCACGAACCCAAGUUGGGUUAAUGAGCGGAGGCGAGGCUCUGUCCGGGACUUGGUCGAUGUUCAGGAACCAGAACUGGCAGCCAGGAUUGUUGACGGAGAAUUUGAUGAGGAAGUGGUGUUGUUGUCGGACGAGAGGGUCGAUUGGGAGCAGCUGCCAGGGAUCGAGAGACAGUAUACAGGAUUCGAACGUCCAGGAUUCGUCAUGGACUGGGUCCGAUUCCAUGCCUCCCAUCCAGAACGCCACCGCGUCGGUGUCGCGGUCCUUUCCCGCACUCAGAAGGAUGAAAACACAGGAAAGCCCCUUGUCCUCGGAUACGGGUGUGUCCGCCCAGGGUUUACAUCAUACCGCGCCGGCCCGCUCUACGCCCGUGAUGCUUCCACCGCCAAGAAACUCCUUCUCAAACUAGCCGUAGAAGUCCUAGCAGCCGAUAAGCGGGAUCCCUUGGUGGAUGUGCCAUUAAUUUUCGACAUUGACAUCCCGGACCAGAACCGGGCCUCUGUCGAGAUGUUUGAUAGGAUUGGGUGGAUGAAUACAAUGUCGACACAGCGGCUGUGGAGGGGAGUUGUGCCGCCUUAUGAUGCUCGUGGGUGCUUUGGGAUUUCGCUUCUCGAGGUUGGAUAG